CGGAUGUGAUGCUGGGUGCAGAUUGUCAACAUGAAAGAUGGCGACCCAUCACAGGCAGAACGCUGCUGGUAGGAGGAAAGUGCAGGUCUCCUACGUGAUAAGAGACGAGGUGGAGAAGUACAAUCGGAACGGCGUGAACGCCCUGCAGCUGGAUCCUACACUCAACCGGCUCUUCACAGCUGGCAGAGACUCCAUCAUCCGGAUAUGGAGCGUCAACCAACAGAAACAGGAUCCCUACAUAGCUUCGAUGGAGCACCACACCGACUGGGUGAACGACAUCGUACUAUGUUGUAAUGGGAAGACACUGAUCUCGGCUUCCUCAGACACGACAGUCAAAGUCUGGAACGCACAUAAAGGCUUCUGUAUGUCCACGUUAAGAACGCACAAGGAUUAUGUCAAAGCUUUAGCAUAUGCAAAGGACAAGGAGCUGGUGGCGUCCGCUGGGCUGGACCGACAGAUCUUCCUGUGGGACGUGAACACACUCACAGCACUGACUGCCUCAAAUAACACCGUCACAACUUCCUCGCUUAGUGGGAAUAAAGAUUCCAUCUACAGCCUGGCCAUGAACCAGCUGGGUACAGUCAUAGUCUCAGGGUCAACAGAGAAGGUCUUGAGGGUGUGGGAUCCACGAACGUGCGCUAAAUUAAUGAAGCUGAAGGGACACACGGACAAUGUGAAGUCGUUAUUAUUGAACCGAGAUGGUACACAGUGUCUGUCCGGGAGUUCGGACGGUACAAUCCGGCUGUGGUCGCUGGGUCAGCAGCGCUGCAUCGCCACCUACAGGGUCCACGACGAGGGCGUGUGGGCGCUGCAGGCCAACGAGGCUUUUACGCACGUCUACUCCGGAGGCCGCGAUCGCAAGGUCUACUGCACCGACCUGCGCAACCCGGAUAUCCGUCUGCUCAUAUGUGAGGAGAAAGCACCCGUUCUCAAAAUGGAGCUGGACAGGUCUGCAGAUCCUCCUCCGGCCAUUUGGGUCUCCACGACCAAAUCCUGUGUGAACAAAUGGUCUUUAAAAGGGAUGCACAACUUCAGAGCAUCUGGCGAGUACGAUAACGACUGCAGCGCCCCGCUGACACCGCUGUGCACACAGUCCGAGCAAGUCGUCAAAGGUGGCGCCAGCAUCAUUCAGUGUAACAUUCUGAACGACAAGAGGCACAUCCUCACCAAAGACACCAACAACAACGUGGCAUACUGGGAUGUACUCAAGGCGUGUAAAGUGGAAGACCUCGGCAAGGUGGAGUUUGAUGAGGAGAUCAAGAAGCGAUGCAAGAUGGUCUACGUGCCCAACUGGUUUUCUGUGGAUCUGAAAACAGGGAUGCUGACCAUCACGCUGGACGAGAGCGACUGCUUCGCCGCCUGGGUGUCCGCCAAGGAUGCUGGCUUUUCCAGCCCCGAUGGCUCCGACCCGAAGUUAAAUUUGGGUGGCCUGCUGCUCCAGGCGCUGCUCGAGUUCUGGCCCCGAACGCACAUCAACCCCAUGGAAGAGGAGGAAAACGAGGCCAAUCACGUGAACGGGGAGCAGGAGAGCCGGCUGCAGAAGGGAAACGGAUACUUCCUGGUGCCUCCACACACUCCGGUGAUUUUCGGCGAGGCUGGCGGAAGGACGCUGUUCAGGUUACUCUGUCGAGACUCGGGAGGAGAAACCGAGUCCAUGUUGCUGAAUGAAACCGUUCCACAGUGGGUCAUUGACAUUACCGUCGAUAAGAACAUGCCAAAAUUCAACAAGAUUCCGUUCUACCUGCAACCUCACUCGUCAUCCGGGGCGAAAACACUGAAGAAGGACCGCCUGUCAGCCAGCGACAUGCUGCAGGUGAGGAAGGUGAUGGAGCACGUCUACGAGAAGAUCAUCAACCUGGACACGGAGUCUCAGACCACCAGCUCGUCGGGCGCCGAGAAACCCGGCGAGCAGGAGAAGGACGAGGACGUGGCCAUGCUCGCCGAGGAGAAGAUCGAGCUCAUGUGCCAGGAUCAGGUUCUGGAUCCAAACAUGGAUUUGAGAACGGUGAAGCAUUUCAUCUGGAAAAGUGGAGGAGACUUGACUCUCCACUACAGGCAGAAGCCCACGUGAGGAGGAGCGGCACGCAUGAUUCCUCAGCUCAAGCAGAGUCGAUUCAGAUGGCUUCAGAUGAUUCUUUGUACAGUGUACUAAUCCUGGACUAGUUAAUUACGUUUUUGUUUCUGUUCUUUUGUUUUUGAGACGUUCUGUAGUAUUUUUUCCCCACUUCCUGCCAGGAUCGAUGAACCAAAUCCACCAGUCAGAGCCAUGACGGUGGAGUCUUUGUUGAAAUCAUUACCGUGCUUUUCUUUGUCAGUCUGAUUUGUAAAUAUCCCACGUUUUAAGUUAUUAUCUGCAGAUUACAGAAGGUAUUUUUCUAUAAUCAUCAGUGGCAAAAUCUGGUAAAUACGCCGAACUGUUAAUGAGUACCGUAAAAUAAAAAUACUGUAAAUUUA